AUGCAUAAUGAAGUUCUAGGAAACAACAAUGCUAGAGCCCCCGGGAAGAAGAAAAUUCCCGAGACUAACUAUGAAAAGGAUAACAAGGGAAAAUACCCCAAAGAAAAGAGGGUUAAAAAUGUUGAUUCAUAUUCUCAUGUUCCAUACUCAUGUGGGGAUAAUAACCCACGUGGAAGAGGACAAAGGGGUCAUCGUGGAAGGGGCCAUGGGCAUGAGGGCCAUGGGUGUGGAGGCCAUGGACGUGGAGGCCAUUCAAAUACCUGGUCUAAAGAUGUUACUUCUGGACCUAGUGGUAGGGGCAAUACUGUUGAAAAAACACAUAAGAACUCCAUGUCUAAGAAGGUCGAGAAUGAGAAUGCACCUUGUUACAGGUGUGGAAUCUCCGGACAUUGGUACCAGCAAUGCAAAGCUAGUGCCAAAGUAGCAGCCAGCUAUAAAAAGUACCGGGAAUCUAUAGAUCAAGAAGCUAAUUGUGUGGAAGAACAUGAUCAUGCCUCAGAUGUCAACUUCACCAUUUCAGACUUCCAGGGAAACAAGAACCAUGCCCUUAUGGAAACACCUGACUUUGAUUGA